CAAUUCAUAAUCAAUCAGGUAGUGAACAAGACUGCUGCAACCUUUGCCCCGCGGGCUUCCACCGCCAGUAAAAACCCAGCUGUCCCUGGAACUACUCUCUAUAAAGUUUUUGAGGUUCAAGCGUAUGCAUCUAUGUUCGUUGGAGGGGUCCUUUCUUUCAACCUCCUCUUUCCCUCCAACGAACCUGAUUUAUGGAGGCUCAUUGGGAUGUGGUCCAUUUGGAUGUUCACUAUCCCUUCUCUUCGAGCACGAGACUGUCCAAGUAAAGAGAAAGAGGCUCUUAACUACCUCUUUCUCAUCGUCCCCUUGCUCAAUGUUGCUAUACCCUUCUUUUACAAAUCCUUUGCUCUUGUCUGGUCUGCUGAUACUGUUGCCUUCUUUGCCAUGUACGCCUGGAAGCUUGGAUGGCUGGAAACAACAGAGUAGGGUGUACCUGUGUUGGGAUUCUUUGUCUUCUCUUCCUUUGAAUCAUUCUUCAUUUAGCUUCUCUGUCGAACGAAGCCUAUCGUGUCAGGUACGUGGGUUUAAGGCAAACGAAUGUGAACACAUUUUUCGACAAGAAUAUAUGAGCUUAGCUCUUAAGGAAUAUUUCUUGUAAAUCAUAGAAUUCUGAGGUGAAUUUUAGCUCAAAAUACAAGUCUACUUUUUCUUAUCAAGAA